UAAGAACAGUUGUGUUGAACGGAGCGAUUUGAAUUUGUUCUCGAAGAAAAUAAUUACAAAAAAAAACCUGACGCAAAUAAUAAAUAAACAAAAAAUAUUUUCUUACUGAAUAUUGUGGAAUAUUUAUAUAUUCGUAAUACAAUUGUAUAUAUACAAUAUACAACAAAAUCAGCGGAUACCAAAAUAAUUGCCGAAAAAGCAUACGUUUUGCCAUGGACGUCGACGCCGAUGAGAUACGCGCUUUGGCUUAUCUGAUGGCGUUUAAGACGGCUUGCGUGAAUGUACCGUUUGGUGGUUCCAAGGGUGGCAUACGUAUCGACCCGAAGAAGUAUACUGCACAAGAAUUGCAAACAAUUACGCGUCGCUAUACAAUGGAGCUAUUACGUCGCAAUAUGAUAGGUCCGGGUAUAGAUGUACCGGCACCAGAUGUGAAUACCAGCCAACGCGAGAUGAGUUGGUUGGUGGAUCAAUAUAUUAAAACUUUUGGCUAUAACGAUGUAGAUGCAUUGGCCAUCACGACUGGUAAGCCAGUAGAAAUAGGCGGUAUAAAUGGUCGCACCGCCGCCACGGGACAUGGUCUAUUUAAGGCGGCUGAAUGUUUUAUUAUGGAUAAAGAUUGGAUGGAUUUAUUAGGCUGGAAGACUGGUUGGAAAGAUAAAACCGUGAUCGUACAAAGGUUUGGCAAUGUCGGUUCCCAUGCAUCCGUUUUUGUAGUGGAAGCCGGUGCCAAACUGAUCGGUGUUCAAGAAUUUGACGUGUCUCUAGUAAAUGAGAAUGGCAUUGAUCCAAAGGUAUGUGGCGUAUUGAAAAUAAAUAUCUCCAUGAUAUUUUUUUAAUUUUCUUCAUAUACUUAGGACUUAAUGGAGUAUUAUGCAAAAAAUA